AUGGCAGGUGGAGUGAGGGUUUGUAUUUUAUCAUUGCUUUGUAUUCAUGUUUUUGUGGGAAGUGUGGUUUUUGCUAGAAAUGUGAAAGAUGAUGAUGAGAAGUUUGGGUUGAUUGGUAAGAGCGGUGGGGGUGGAUUUGGUGGAAGAGCUGGUGGUGGGAGAGGAGGUGGUGGGGGAGGUAUCGGCGGUGGGUUUGGAAAGGGCGGUAGUGAUUAUGGUGGGGGAAGUGGUGUUGGCGGAGGGUUUGGAAAGGGGGGUAGUGAUUAUGGUGGGGGAGGGGGUGUCGGCGGAGGGUUUGGAAAGGGGGGUGGUGAUUAUGGUGGCGGAGGUGGUGUCGGCGGAGGGUUUGGAAAAGGGGGUGGUGAUUAUGGUGGCGGAGGUGGUGCCGGCGGAGGGUUCGGAAAGGGGGGUGGUGAUUAUGGUGGGGGAGGUGGUGUCCGCAGAGGGGUUGGAAAGGGCGGUGGAAUAGGUAAGGGUGUGGGUAAAGGUGGUGGAUUCCGCAAGGGUGGAAGCAUUGGUAAAGGUGGAGGAAAUGGAGGAAGCAUCAUUAUAGGAUGCUGUGAUUGA